CACUAGUUACAUUUUAAUUUAACAUUCGUGUUUGAUUACUAGACUGAAAGAAUUGAUUGAACAGAGUAGCGCAACUAACACGUGACCUUUUUGAAUUACAGUAUUUGUGGAAAUGUCAUCACAAAAAUAAUCUGCUCUGGUCGUGUUAAAGUGUAACAGAAGCAGUGAUGUAACUUUACUUCUGCAUCCUGGCUUGCAUCUGAUUAAAGCAGAUCAUUCAGGAGAAUAAAAUUAAAUAAAACGCAUGAAUGUAUGAAUCACUAAACUGUAAAGAUAUCUGUAUUUUAAUCUGCCACAUGCCAGUGAUGCUCUCUCUGUGCUUCUCUCACACACACAAACACGCACGCACACACACACACACACACACACACACACACACACCUACCUCACACUUCCUUCCUCUCACAGUCACUUAGUCAUUUUUACUGACAGUCCUCUGUAUUUCUUUAUGCUGCUUGUUGGUUCCGUAAUUGUAUACAGCUUAGAAUCUGGCACCCUUAAAGUAACUUUAUCAGCAAAGGAGACUUUUGUGACUGAGAAAACAAUAACAGGGAGAGUGGCUUCUGAACCGGUGGAGGACACUGACCCCAGCAGCUUCAUUACAGAUAUGUCUCUCAGGUCAAAUUACCCCAUUCAGGUCACUGAUCCACAUGCUAUGAGAGAUCCUGUAACCCUGCAGCUCAGCUCUGUUCCUCCUGGAUAUUUGUCAUCAGCGGUGGACAGGAUACGUCAACCUGUGGAAAAUGACAGUAGUGAAUUUAUUCCAUCAUCUUCUGUUUCUUCAGAUUUCAGUAAGGAACAUAAGAAGUGUUUAUGUUCCGCUCCUCCACCCAAAAUCAGUGACCUGAUGAACGACGAAGACCUUCUGUACACCCUACGGCUGAAGCUCGAUCCGACUCACUGCACUGUUAAAAACUGGAAGAACUUUGCGAGCCGCUGGGGAAUGAGCUACGACGAGCUCAUGAUUCUAGAGCAGCGCACACACGGUCCCAUCUACCACAGUCCCACUCAAGAGUUCCUCCUGCGCUACAACCAGAAAAAUGUCACAGAGCUCACUGAACUCUGCCAGCUUUACCAGCGCAUCGAUGUGCUUCGAUUGCUCCAGAGGUGGAUGGAGAACGACUGGCCCUCGCGCUGGCAGCAGGCCCAUUAGCUGGGACUUUACAAUAACUGGACCUCAAAGGAGAAAUGUAUUGGUAAAAACUGAAAUUCAUGACUGCAGGGAUGGACAGCAGGUCAGAACACACAUUACUGAACGGGUGGUACAAAGACAGUGUUUACGAGGUUGUACACUGGACAUAGUUUCUUUUUUUGUUACCGUUGGCUGGUUUUAUCACUCCAUGUGUCACCAUCUAGUUAGCUUUAUUAGCUAAGCGGUAAAAUCAACAAAUAUAUGCAGUAGCACCCCAGCACUUCAGUAGAAAAUGGAAAGACCGCUCAGGUGUGAUUACUCAUUUAGAUUCUGUCUGGAAAUUCACUGUGAAUUCCGGUCACACAGCAUUUAAUUUAUUUUAAUGCAAACAGUCAUCUGUUGGCGGUGUGCCAGUGUUGGUGGUCUUAUGAAGUGUUCUUUUAAUUAGUAACAUAUACUAUAAUGAGUCAUUGUUCACGAUAUCUAAAUGAGAUUUAAGGCUACUUUUCACCUUUAUUCUUUCCUGCAUUCUAGUAACAGGGAUAUUCUAGAAUUAACCACACAAAAACUGCAUCUCCGUUCAGUGUAUAAAAAAGUUGAAUCUCAUUCAUUGUUUUACAUGAAUUUGAUCGUGUAAAACAUUGUGAGAUAUAUCACAAUUCCCAUUGCACUGCUCACUGAGCACUUGAAUUUAGUAUCAUGUUUGGUAUGAAUGGCACUUUUUAUUAUUUGGAGACUUUAAGAAAAAUUAAGCAUGUCUCUGAGAAAGGAGUGGUGAAAUAGCAGUAUAACUGCCGAGAACAGUGGAUCUGGAAGGUGACUGGACUUUGUUGAAAAUUAUAGUUUAAAAAAUGCAGGGUGUGGCUGUUUCAAAAUGCAUGGUCAAUUGUAAAUUACAAUGCAGGUAGUAGGGUAGAAUGUGACAACAUUACCUCUUCUAAACAAGACUUUAAAAAGUGUUUGGUUUUGUGCCAUGUACUCUACCUAGCUUUUUAUUUCCUAUGUUUAAAAAUUUAAACCUGUUUAUGUGCAUCAGGGGUUCUGUUUAAAAAUAAAACUUUUUUUUUUAUGCA